AUGUCGGUUCAGGCGGUUCGGAACCGCUCGACGUCCUCAACUCAACGUUUACUCUCUACAUCUUCCCUAACCCACCAAACCUUUCGCCUCUCGGAUGGCCGAACACUAGGCUUUGCAGAAUUCGGAAAACAAGAUGGCAAGCCUGUGUUUUACUUCCAUGGAUAUCCUUCCUGCAGACUUGAAGCUCAGCCUAUUGAUGGGAUUGCUCAACGCUGUGGUGUUCGUCUCAUAGCUCUCGACAGACCCGGCUUCGGCCUGUCGACAUUUAAACCUGGGUAUCAGAUCUUGGAUUGGCCAACUGAUGUGAUGGAGUUUGCCCAAGCACAUGAAAUUCCUCAAUUUUCUGUUUUCGGUCUCUCGGGCGGCGGUCCGUUCGCUUUAGCUUGUGCUUACGCGUUGCCAAAGCGUACGGUGACCAGCGUGGGACUCUUUGCAACUGCACCGCAUUGGGCGGCUGGUACGAAGCACGUUGAAUAUUACCGUCGAUUCUUCAAAGUCUGGGCAGAGUAUUCUCCAUCGACUCUUCGGGGAGCGUUAUACAUGCUGUACCUAUCUAUCAGAUGGGUUGUCCUAUCCGGCCCCGUGUCCAGAAGACUCAAUAAUUGGCUUGAAGCUGAACGCAAGAAAGAGGAAUCUGAGAGUGGGGAGUCGAAACCAAAGUCCAUGAGCUUAGAAGAGUUGGUAGAUAUGGUUCUCGACGAGCCAUUUCGCCAGGGAGCUGACGCUGCUGUGCACGAGAUGAAUCUCCUCACGUCGCAGGAUUGGGGGUUUGAUCUUGAGAAGGUUCAGUAUGGUGAUAUUCAGAUGUGGCAUGGGAAGAAGGACGUGAAUGCACCUAUUCAGAUGAUUCGGUAUAUGGCGGAGCGCAUACGAGGCAGCGAAUUGCAUGAGUUUGAGGAUGAGACUCAUUACACUAUGUAUAAGCACUUUGAACCAGCGUUGCGGAAAUUGGUAGAAUAA